AUGGGUUUGGACUUCUUGGAGCAUGGAGCUGAUUUUGAAGCAGCUAUCUCGGCUGCAGGCUUCGGUCGUUUCCACUUUUGCCUGCUGGCCAUCACCGGACUUAUCUAUGCGAACACUGCCAUCGGGAUCACUAUAGUGUCUUUCGUGUUACCAGCGGCGACAUGUGACUUCAAGAUGACAUCUGCGGACAAAGGGUGGCUCACUGCUGCCCCCAUGUUGGGUAUGGUACUCGGUUCAUACUUCUGGGGCUGCUUGGCUGACACCAAGGGUCGCAAGAUUGUAUUAGUAUCGACUCUCCUGAUCGACGGUGUUGUCGGCGUCAUCUCGUCCUUUGUCCAGAUCCUACCUGUAUUUAUGGCUUGUCGGUUCAUCAACGGUUUCUCAAUUGCCGGAGCUAUGGGUAUCUGCUUCCCUUACUUGGGAGAAUUCCAGCAAACCAAAUACAGAGAGAAGAUCCUCUGUUGGAUGGAAAUGUUCUGGACACUAGGAGUCAUCAUACUUCCACUGAUUGCUUGGGGUAUUAUUCCUAUUAGCGGCAUUCGCAUUGAAUCUGGCUCCUUCUCAUAUGACUCUUGGAACUGGUUCGUCUCUGCCUGCGGUGUGCCAUCUCUACUCCUUGGCUUCUGGCUACUGACAUUCCCAGAAAGUCCCAAAUUCAUGAUGGAGUGUGGUGACUAUGAUGAUGCUCUCGACUGUCUCAAGGAUAUCUACAGACAGAACACUGGUGACGAUCGUGACAAUUACCCGAUCAAAAGCCUCAAGGAAAAAGUGCGUACCGUGUCGGUGGCGUCCCAGAACUCCCAGAAAUCUGUGCGAAGCCUCAGUAUGCGUAAACCUAAGGACCUGAAACGCCUGUUCAGUGAGAUUUGGGUUCAGACCAAAGCCCUUUGCAGGCCACCCUACCUCAAAUAUACAAUCCUGACUUGCCUUAUUCAAUUCGGUUUGACAACAAGUUACUAUACCCUUAUGAUCUGGUUCCCCGAAUUGUUCAACCGUUACGAAGAAUUCGAGAGCCGUUUCCCGAACACAUCAGCCUCCGUGUGCGACGUUUCCAGUAUCGUAGUGGUCGAUGAAGCCACCGGCGAUCCUUUCGACUGCGAGAAGACCAUCGACUCAAGCGUAUAUUUGCACACUCUGAUUGUCGGUCUGGCUUGUAUCCCCACCUCUCUCUGGCUACCACUUUGUGUACACAAACUCGGAGCAAAAUUCUUCUUGAUUUUCAGUUUGACCAUCGCUGGUGUUGUAACCGUUGGGCUGUAUUACGUACAAAACUCUACACAAAACUUGGUGCUGUCUUGCAUCUUUGAAGCCCUUACCUCGCUCGCCAUCAGUCUUGUAUUCUGCGUGUUGGUCGACUUGUUCCCUACAAACCUUAGGGUAAUGGCUGCAGCUCUCUCCCUGACGGCGGGUCGAGGCGGUGGUCUUAUUGGCAACUUGUCUUUCGGUUACCUCAUCGACAUCAACUGUGUCAUCCCCAUCGUUGUAUUCGCGGCAUUCCUUUUCUCUGCCGCCUUCCUGUGCUUCUUCUUGCCAAAGACAGGACAGGAAGCCUUGGACUAA